AUGGCGGAAUCUAACCUCAAUCCGGAGCAUCAGCAACCUGGAACCGGCUUACCUGACGGUCCACAGCACCCGGGAAUGCAGCAAAACCAUCUGCGUCAUUCAGUUCCAUUUUUCAACGGUCCACCAUCAUCGCAACAAUCAGCGAAUAGCAGCUCAUCUUCUACAGAAACCACAUACCAGCUCUUUCAGCAGCUUAUGCAGCAGCAGCAGCUAUUCAUGCAGCAGCAACAGCUAAUGCAGCAGCAGCAAGAUUUCUUCCGGAGUGUCAUAUCAUCGAUCAAUGUUCAGGUCCCUCCAAACCCUGAAAUGAUUCUCGACUCGCUAGCAAACAACAUCAAAGAGUUUCGCUACGAUCCGGACGGAAACAUAACCUUCGCUGCAUGGUAUGGCAGAUACGACGAUUUGUUCGAGCAAGAUGCCGCACGGUUGGACGAUGAAGCGAAAGUCCGCUUGCUCAUGCGGAAACUAGGAUCAGCAGAACACGAACGUUACGUGAGUUACAUCUUGCCGAAAUCGCCAAAAGAUUACAAAUUCAGCGAUACAGUGGAAAAGCUGAAAACUCUUUUCGGCGCUGCUGAGUCUGUCAUCAGUAAACGGUAUCGGUGUCUACAGGUAACCAAACAACCGACCGAUGAUUAUGUCACGUACGCUUGUCGAAUCAACAAGACUUGUGUUGAAUUCGAGCUGAGCAAGCUGUCCGAAGAGCAGUUUAAAUGCUUAAUGUUUGUUUGCGGACUAAAGUCAGAGGGAGACGGCGAAAUACGAACGCGGCUGCUGGCGAAAAUCGAAGAACGUGAUGACGUCACACUAGAGCAUCUUUCGGAAGAUUGUCAGUGA